CAUGCGCCCUACCUAUCAGCUGACUAUGACUGUGUGAAAACUACCAACGAAUACGGUUCUUCAACGUUCAUUGUUGGAAGAACGUCGAAGCGAGAGUAUUCACGUUUCCUUCCUUUGUACAAGCACAUUAUUUGAUCAGAAAACAUGUUGUUCUUUGGAAUAUUAUCCAUUCUUCUGGCAGUUGCUGCUGCUGAAGAUACAUGCUAUGAUGAUUCACUAGCAGUAUGUGACCCAAUACCAAAAGAUGGAAAAUCAAUGUUAAACUGUAAUGCAAAAUAUGGACAUAUUGAAAGACAUCCUCUGAUUGAUCUUCAAUCAUAUGCAAAUGCUAAUAUAAGAGUCAGCUUCGAAUUUUUGCUAAUGUCUAGUUAUUUUGGAAAUUAUGAAGAUCAACGUCAUGGAUUUAAGAAAUUAUAUCGUAAAUUUUCUGAUGAAUUGUGGGAGGAUGCAAUUAACAUAAUCAAAUAUGUUACCAAACGAGGUGACACAAUGGACUUCAAUCAACCACCACAUUUGACAGAACCUACUUACGAACGAAAAGUAACAUAUGAAUUGAAUGAACUUCACAGUUUAGCCAAAGCACUUGACAGACAAAAGGAGCUUGCGAAUAAAGCCUUGAAUAUACAUCAUGACAUUACAAAGAAUGAUAAGAUAAAUGAUGCUGGUGUUGCUCAUUAUGUUGAAGAGAGAUUCAUAGAACCACAGACUGAUCGUGUUCGAGAUUUGGCCGGCUAUAUAAAUGAUUUGAAGAAUUUAUUAACUGGAAAUGAUCAUUCUAUAGCUCUAUUUUUGUUUGAUGAAUAUCUUAAGAAUAGUUUGUAACUUGUUUACAACUGAAGUUAAAAAAACAAAUCAGAAUUUCAUAUCUACUAUAUUUUAAAAAUUCCCUAUAUGAAUAAGUUAUGAAUAAGUUAUCCAUAACAAAAUAUUUUACAUUUUUCAGUUAUGCAGAAUUCUACAUUUAAAAUUAAUAAAUAUAUAUGGUGUUAUUUUUUGACACAUUUCAUCUAAUAAAGUGUAUACUUCAUAAA